CAGACGAACGUUACCGGAGACAAGGGUAUUCCCCUGUGAGGAACGUGGGAGAAGGAGGCGGUGAUCGAGACACGGACAGCAAUCGUUUGAAGUUUAUCUGUCAAUGCUGGGCACUGAUUUCCUCUGGUGGGAUGGAAGGGAAAAGGAAGAGGAGCGAUGAAGAUGAAGAUGAAAAAUCUGUACAGAAGCAGGCCAGAUCAAGACAAGACAUUACUGGUAUGACAGGAGGAAAGGCCAAGAAUUGUAUCGUAAUUGGGCAAAAUAAUCAAACAUGCCAUCAUUUUCAAGAUCUUAUUUCUGAAACAGAGCUGAAAAUCCGCUCAAUGGAUGACAGCAAGCACGUGUCAACACACGCAGAGGAUGCUGCCUACAAGCAUCUGACGGAACAAGGUUGUGUGGUCAUCAGGGGGAGAUCAGGAUCUGGGAAAUCCCACAUGGGCUACACUCUGUUACAGAGGGCAUCGAAGGAGUUCUCACGGAAACCAGUAAAGAUAUCAUCACCUGAUGAAUGGAACUAUCUACCCAAAUCCAGUCUUGACAGUAUUCAUAUAUCUGAAUAUUUUGCUGACAAAUUCAUAGUCAUGAUUGACGAUAUUUUCGGAUCUACUAAUCUGAUCCAACACAAUCUGGACCAGUGGAGACAGAAGUUUGACCUUGUGUGGCCUCAGGUGGAAUCUGGACAAAUCUGGUUAGUGAUGACAUCAAGAUCAGAAAUAAUUACACAAACAGAAUCAACCUUACAUAGGUAUGACAUAUUUACAUCUUCAAGAAGUAUCAAAUUGGAUGAAAAAUUACACGGUCUCACAGAAGAAGAGAAAAUAGAGUUUUUGGACACGCUGUGUGGAAAUCAUAUAACAUAUGUGGAAAAAACUUUGAUAGCAAUGACAGACACGGCUCUAGGCUUUCCACAAUGUUGUAAAUAUUUUGCUUCACAUAAACACAUAAAGGAAAGUGGUUACAAUUUCUUCCGCAAGCCCUUUGAAAUUAUCAAAGAAGAGAUUAAGUCUCUGAAAAGGAGUCAACGAGAUAGCUAUUGUAUGUUGCUUAUGGUUGUGGCAUAUGAUGGACAGCUUCCAAAAAGACUUGUGAAAACAAUUAGUCCUCCUGAAGAGUUUACAAGUCGAUGUAAGCAAAUGAUGAAAGCUUCUGGUUUGAAGGAGGAACCAAAUAUGAAGGAGAUUCUUCAAGCUUUGUGUUGUGUUUACCUUGUCAGCGAUGGGAAUUGUUAUCAGUUCUCACACAGGUCAAUACAUGAUGUCUUGUUUGUGGAUUUAUGUGAGUCAUUCCCCGAUUUGGGAAUAGACAUGUGCACGCCAUCUAUGUUAGUCGAAUAUAUUUGGACUCUUACAGAUAUUAAAUGUGAUAUGAGAAAUGUGUUUGUUUUGGAAAAAGAUUAUUAUCCAACAUUGGCAAAAAAACUGAGAGAAUAUUUGACGAACAAGGACAGUCGAUACAUUGUAUUGUCCCAUCCUUCUCUAAACGAUGGAAAUAUUUUCCGAGAGAUAUUUGGAGGAUGUGAUAUUAAGAUGAUGUCAUUGCAAAGAAAAGAGAACAAGUGGAUUGUUGAAACAGACUAUGAUGUAAGAUAUAGGUUCUGCAAAGUAUGUUCAAACAAUGAUCAGGAGAUUGGAAAGUGUGCAGGCAUUACGUAUGGUUAUUUCCUAUCUCAUACCAUAAUGAAUGGUAUGGUUAUGUUUGCUGAAUACAUCAUUCACCAAGUCAGUUCUGCCACUGAUGCUGAAACCCAGUCUAUGCUUAACGAAGCCUUAGUGUGUUCUGUUUACGUGGGCCAAAACCACUUAGUUGAUGUAUUGCUCAGAAUGGGAGUACUACCAUCUUGGAAAUGUCUUCAUGUUCUGAGUACUUCACCAGGAUUGAAUCCUCAAACUUCCUUAAAGUUGAUAAAAAUUAUCAAACUAAAACCAGAUAGCCUGAAACAGCUUUUCCACACUUCUGUUAAGCAUUACAAUGUGACCUUCCUCGAAAGUAUAAUUGAAAUGUGCACUGAAAAUAUGUAUAAUCACAAAAAUGUUUACAGAAAAGCCAUUGAAGGUCUAAUUACAGAACUAAAUACAUCAGCAAGAUAUAGAGAUAUAUUGAGCACACUUUCCAGAGCGGUGGAAGUCAUGUCACUUCUUCACAAGGCAGGUGGAAUCAUGGAUCUUGAUGAAAUUUUGACUCUCGCAUCUUGCAAAAAUGCCCCAGAUACGCUGAUAGAAUUCAUCUAUGUGGUUUUUCAAAUUCCCCCUUCUAAUUGCGAUGAAAUGAAGUCGAGUUUGUGUCACGGAAAGAAGUUCCAUCAACUUUUAAGAUCUUUGAUUGACAGAGAGGCUCCAGUACAAAUGAAGGACGAAACUGUGAAAACUCUUCUCCAUAAAGCAGCAUCGAAUCAAUGCAAGCAAUGUGUCAACAUGUUGCUUUCUGAUGUGGAAGGAACUGAUAGUGAUGGUAACACAGCCUUACACUGCUUGAUAAAAUCUGAUGAAAAUCACAAUCAUGAAGUGUUGGAAAUACUAAUUGAAAAGACAAAUUACAGACAAUGCAACAAAUGUGAUGAGUUGCCACUACAUCCUGAUGAACCUUAUCAAAAACAUUUUUACCAAGAAACAUGUCAACGCUUUUUUGACAAGAAGGCAAGUAUUCAUAUCAAGAACAAUCUAGGAAAGACAGUUCUGCACUUGGCAGCUGAGGCAAAGUGCAAAAAAUGUCUGGAAAUGUUGCUACCAAUGUUAGAUAUAAAUGAUCAGGAUAAGGCGGGGAAUACUACACUGCACUGUCUGACUCACUUUAAACGAUAUGGUGAUUUUGUAAAGAGUAAAUGUUCAGACCAUGAAACAUAUCAGCUCUUACUUGACAAGGGGCCAGAUGUCCAUAUCAAGAACAAGGCAGGACAGACAGUCCUGCACUUGGCAGCUUGGGCAAAUUGUAAAAAAUGUGUGGAAAUGUUGCUACCGAUGUCAGAUAUAAAUGAUCAGGAUGAGAAGGGGAACACUGCAUUACACCAUCUCACUCACCAUUUCGCUUUCUAUAGAUACUAUUAUGGUAAAAGAAGUAGGUGUUUAGACCAUGAAACAUAUCAGCUCUUUCUUGACAAGGGGGCAGAUGUGCAGAUCAAGAACAAUGAAGGACAGACAGUUCUGCAGUUGGCAGCGAGGGCAAAUUGUAAAAAAUGUGUGGAAAUGUUGUUACUGAUGUUUGACAUAAAUGAUCAGGAUGAGGCAGGGAACACUGCACUACACUAUCUGCAUCACCAAGGAUUACAUUUUAAGCGAAUAAGUGGAGGUGAUUGCCAUAAAACCUUUCAGCUCCUUCUUGACAAGGGGGCUGAUGUUCAAAUUAAGAACAAGGAAGGAAAGACAGUUCUGCACGGGGCAGCUGAGACACAUUGUCACAAAUGUGUGGAAAUGUUGCUACCGAUGUUUGACAUAAAUCUUCAGGAUGAGGGAGGGAACACUGUACUACACAAUCUGCAUUGUCAAAAAUCAUAUUUUUUUGAAAGGAGUGAAUGUGUUUGUCAUAAAACUUGUCAGCUCUUUCUUGACAAAGGGGCUGAUGUGAAAAUCAAGAACAAGAAAGGACAGACAGUUCUGCACUUGGCAGCUGAAACACUUUGUAACAAAUGUGUGAAAAUAUUGCUUCCGAUGUUUGACAUAAAUGAUCGGGAUGAGGCAGGGAACACUGCACUACACUAUCUCACUCACUGUGAAAUACCUUUUAAUGAAAGGAGUAACUUUGUUUGCUUUGAAACAUAUCAGCUCUUUCUUGACAAGGGGGCUGAUGUGAAAAUCAAGAACAAGGAAGGACAAACAGUUUUGCACUUGGCAGCUGAGGCAAAUUGUAAACAUAUUGUGGAAAUGCUGCUCCCCAUGUUUGACAUAAAUGAUCAGGAUGAGGCAGGGAACACUGCACUACACUAUCUGCACUGCCAAGAUUCACAUUUCAAUAGAAGGGAAUGUUUACAUUGUGAAAUAUAUUUGCUCUUUCUUGACAAGGGGGCUGAUGUGAAAAUCAAGAACAAGGAAGGACAGACAGUUCUGCACUUGGCAGCUGAGGCAAACUGUAAAAGAUCUUUGGAAAUGUUGCUACCGAUGUUUGACAUAAAUGUUCAGGAUGACAUGGGGAAAACUGCUCUACACUAUCUCACUCACAAUGAUUCAAAUGUUGAGGAAUCUGUGUUUGAUAGAAAAAGUAAAUGUUUAGACCAUGAAACAUAUCAGCUCUUUCUUGACAAGGGGGCUGAUGUGCAAAUCAAGAACAAGGAAGGACAGACAGUCCUGCACUUGGCUGCUAAGGCAAAUUGUAACAAAUGUGUGGAAAUGUUGCUACCAAUGUUUGACAUAAAUGAUCAGGAUGAGGCAGGAAACACUGCACUACACUAUCUGCAUUGCCAAGAAUCAUAUUUUUAUGGAGUAAGUAAAUCUGUUUGUCAUAAAACAUAUCAGUUCUUUCUUGACAAGGGGGCUGAUGUGAAAAUCAAGAACAAGGAAGGACAGACAGUCCUGCACUUGGCAGCAAAAGCAAAUUGUAAACAUAUUGUGGAAAUGUUGCUACCGAUGUUUGACAUAAAUGAUCAGGAUGAGGCAGGGAACACUGCACUACACUAUCUGCACCGCCAAGAUUCACAUUUCCAUAGAAGGGAAUGUUUACACCGUGAAAUAUAUCUGCUCUUUCUUGACAAGGGGGCUGAUGUGAAAAUCAAGAACAAGGAAGGACAGACAGUUCUGCACUUGACAGCUGAGGCAAACUGUAAAAGAUCUUUGGAAAUAUUGCUGCCGAUGUUUGACAUAAAUGUUCAGGAUGACGUGGGGAAAACUGCUCUACACUAUCUCACUCACAAUGAUUCAAAUGUUGAGGAAUCUGUGUUUGAUAGAAGAAGUAAAUGUUUAGACCAUGAAACAUAUCAGCUCUUUCUUGACAAGGGGGCUGAUGUGCAAAUCAAGAACAAGGAAGGACAGACAGUCCUGCACUUGGCUGCUAAGGCAAAUUGUAAAAAAUGUGUGGAAAUGUUGCUACCGAUGUCAGAUAUAAAUGAUCAAGCUUUCUCUUGA